CUUAUACUGUAAAUUACAACUGUACCAUCUCUCUCUUAAUAUAUAUUAUAUAGUCCCACACGGCACACCCCCUGUAUCCAAGGCUCCAAGCCCCUGUUUUCAAUCUCCAAGAAUGGUUCCUUCUCUGAACAACCGAAGUAUGCUUCUUCUCUCUCUAAAACUCGCAGUUACCAUCGGGCUGUGCCUGGGCGUGGCCGUCGCUGAGCUUCAGAGGCUCCAGCACCCAGCCGGAGAUGAUGAGUCGCUUAGAGUUUUGGUCGUCGGCGAUUGGGGAAGAAAAGGAACUCACAACCAAUCGGAAGUUGCUGUUCAGAUGGGCAAGACAGCGGAGGAGUUCAACCCAGACUUCAUUAUUUCCACAGGGGACAACUUUUACGAAGAUGGGUUAACGGGCACGGACGAUGCAGCAUUUGAUGAGUCAUUUAGCAAUAUUUACACUGCCCCAAGCUUACAGAAGCAGUGGUACUCAGUUUUGGGCAACCACGACUACAGAGGGGAUGCUUUGGCACAAUUAAGUCCCAUCCUUACCCAAAGGGAUAACAAAUGGCUUUGCCUCAAAUCAUAUAUCCUCGAUGCAGAAAUCGUGGAGUUCUUUUUUGUGGAUACGACGCCAUUCGAGGAUAAGUACUUCAAUGAUCCAGGGGACGACACUUAUGAUUGGCGAGGCGUGGUUCCGCGAGAGAAGUACCUUUCCAGUCUCCUGAAGGAUGUGGAUUCAGCAUUACGGGAAUCAAGCGCGAAAUGGAAGAUAGUAGUCGGUCACCACACGAUUAAAAGCGCUGGACAGCACGGUAACACAGUGGAACUUGUAGCCAAACUUCUCCCAAUUCUCCAGGCUAGUGAUGUCGAUCUGUACAUAAACGGGCACGACCAUUGCUUGCAACACAUCAGUGACUCUGACAGUCCGCUUCAGUUUCUAACAAGCGGCGGAGGCUCAAAGGCAUGGAGGGGCGAUGUUAGCUGGUGGAACCCGGCGGAGAUGAAGUUUUAUUACGACGGGCAAGGCUUCAUGACACUAGAAGUUACACAAACUGAAGUUGGUUUCGUGUUCUACGAUAUCGUCGGCAAUGUUCUACACAAAUGGAGCAUAACCAAGCCAACUCAUCCUACAGCAGCUACUCUUUAGAUCAUGUUAUUUAUGAAGCAUGCUCUGUGACGGAGUAAUUUUAGCAGUGGAAGAUUUGUAAGGAAGACGUUAAAGUCUGUUGUAUUUUAAAUUUAAUCACAAACUCUACGCCCACAGCUCAUCUUUUACUGCUCCCCCAACGCUCUCAAUCUCACCGUCCAAAAGUGCUUUGAACGGCCUGGACUUUAAAAUCUGGACCAUUAAUUGCUGAGAUGGCCGGUGGGAUUGAGAGUGGUGAGUGCGAGCAGUAAAAGAUGAGCAGCGGGCGUAGCACCGCUGUAUUUUAAUACAUCGAAUUGUUGUAUUCUAAGCGAACUAAUUAUGUAAUGUGCUGUCUAACUAAGGAUUAGCCUUUAAGAUGUUGGGCCUGUAUUUGUUCUUGAUUUUGUAGUUGGACUUGUAUUGUAUUGGGCUUAGUCCAAAUUAGAAUUAAUUAGUUUCUGUGGGAAA